UGCUGAGUCUACAAUGUACCUUUGACAGUUGAUGAAACACUUAAUAAUGUUGAUUUCUUUUUUUAAAGUAUUUUAUGUCCAGACAUGGUGAGAUGAAUAUCAAUUAUUCCUUACUGCUAAUGGAUUUAAAUCAAAGUAAAUUACAUUUUGAUGGCAGGAGAUCAAAUGAUAAUUUCAUCUCGAGGCCAUUCUAUACGGCCAUCAGUAAAAAGUAUUGAUGUUGAUUUUUUGUCAUCAUCACUGGUUUGUUCUUCAGUGUGCCAGCUUUUAAAUCAGCUGCUCUGCGUGAUUUGUGAGCCUUUGAGGUUUCUUUUAUCAGGGUUAAAAACAACUGCUCAUCAAAGGACAUACUUCAAGAAUUUGUAGGAAAUGUGCAUGAUUGCUAUAGUUAAAGCCUUACAACUGAGAAAGUCUUUAGUUUUGGAUUGGAAGGAUGGCUCUAUCGAUUUGUUGGAUCCACUGAUGCUCUGAAUCUUAUCUUUUUUAUGCUUGACUUCAAGGAACCUUUCUGAGGAAUCUGUCUUUGAGACCUUUCAUUGAUCUUUUUCUGGAAUGCAGUCUUCUUGUUAUUUACUCAUCGAGUUCAACUGCUGAUCUUUAGAUGAUCAGUAAUACAUUCCUAAUGGAGUUGGUCCAACACUCUUUAGUACAGUCAUCCAGAGGUGUUCAUCAUCUGUCAGCCAUACGUCAAUAUUUUCCAGAUUUGUCAGGAAUCCGAAAAUAUCUCUCCUAAUGAUGAUCUCCACAAAUGCGUAAAAAGUGAUGCCGUUUAUGUUCCUUUCAUGUGCCAUCUCAACUUAACAAAUUGGAUCUGACAACCUGAAAAGUUGUCAUGACGACACAGUGAUAACUCGUGGGAAAACUUCCAGACUGUCUCCUUGGAAGUUAAGAUAUCUUUUUCAAGUAAACAUCAACAUCACUUUCAAGAAAUCUCAGCAGAGCUGGUUUAUGCCUCGGGAUGUUAUCGGAUGACACUCGUAAGCUGUAAAGAGCAAAGUGAACCGAAGUGAUCUUGGCAGAAACGGAUCCAUUUGAAAAAGUCUUCAAGAGUUAUACUUUAAAGUAACACUCUUCUGUCAUAUUUUCUGGACUAAUACUGCAAUGAGAAGACUUGUCCAUGAGAAAAUGUGACUGUUUCACCGGAAAUCGCAUAGAUGUAGCAUUGACACAUUGAGAAAAUAAAAUUCUACUACCCUUUACUUGAAUUUCAUCAAAGUUCUCAAAGCAACUGAAGAACUUCCCAUAAAAGAUUGGAAUGUUACGUUCAUUCAACUAGAUGAUAAAUCUCAGUCUGUUACAACUGAGUAUGACGUAUCAAGAUUGGAUCAUCAAACAGUUAUCCAUCCUUGAGAGUCAAGAACAUGACCGUUAGUUAGUACACCAUUCUUGGUGCUUGAAUGUCAAUGGUGAUAAGAACAAGGCAUCUUGGUUUGAUUUGCUGCGAGUUGGAGAAACUUUCAGCCAAUACACACUCUUGAUUCCAUGAUGGAUAGUGAGUUUUGUGAGACACCGGUCGACAACAUGGAACAUAUUGAGUUGUACAUAGAUAUAGAAAUUCCAGACCCAGCGUUGUACACCAGGAUAUCUCGUCCUAGGUUACGUCACUCAUCAUCCCAAGGUUCCCUCCCAGAAAGCCCCAUCCAUCGGAGGUCGGAAGAUUUGUCAUCGGAUCCAUCAAUCAAGUCAAGUACUUCCAGCAAAGGCCACAGAGGGAAAGGAAGAACUGUCCGCCCAGUCGCCAAACUCAGGGAAAAAUAUAGCAGCAACCAGACAAGGAAGUCGGAAACCUCUGCUGAAAAGAUCCGAAAAUUCAUUGAAAAGAAGGACUCCUUCAAUAGUUCAGAUUCUGAAGAUCAAGGACAACCCCAAACUAAAGAAACUGGAAUGUCAGGACGAUCACGACUCACAAGAAAUGGCACUCCUCAAGAUGUGUCAAGCUCUAGGAAAACUAGCAGUUACACAGCACGCAGCACAGCGGAGACGUCAAGGCAUACGCGGAGAGGUGCCGCCGACUCAGCUGGAUAUGGGAACGUAGAGAAAAAUAAGGUAAAAGAAGGAACUGGUACGGCUGAUUCUUUGUCGCCCCGGUACACCAAACCUCCAAGACACGACAAGGAUAAAGUGGACAGCAUCAGGGAUGAAUACCUCGGUCGGAAGGCAUCAAAUGGUGACGUUACGAGAGUACCUGUUUAUACCCGCACCCGGGCGUCUACCACCCUAGGUGAUACCAGAAGUGAGAAUCCAGCAUCGACGUCUGCGACGGAGAGCUUGUCCCGCGCUCGUAGCAACUCUGAAUCAUCAGAAGAUCCGGAAACACGAAAGGCUCGGAUCGCAAAAUAUAAAGAGCAGAGGAGACGAGAGCUCGCUGAUAAGUACGGCCUGAAAGACAGUGGCUCGGCAGCCACGAGUAGUGAUAGUGAUCCGUCCGUCUCAAGACCAAGGCGAGAACGGAGAGGGAAAGACGACGAUUCAGGUGUGCCAUCCUACUCACCAAGAAGGCAAACAAACGACGACGUGAAGACAACUAGACGUGAUGUGCAGAGGUCGUCGCUGGAUUCGCCGACGCAGACGCUGAGUCCAAGGUCCCCAAGGAGAACAAGUGGAAGUCAACCAGACUACCAGGCACUGACGAAGGAUGCGUUGCAAGCGGCUGAGGGUGGAAUGAGAUAUCGGUCUGACAGCUUCAGCUCAACCUCUUCAGACACAAGAGCGCGUAAGGACUCAGUGAUAUCAGUUGAGACUCAGCAACUCGUGGACACGCUUGAAGCAUCGCGAGCUGCUCGUAGAGAGAGAAUGAGAAGAACGGUAUCCGAUGUGUCAAUGGACGUAACAGAGAGGAUCAUAGCGAAGCACAAAGCGAGGAAAGGUAGCAUUGAUGGCAUAGACAACGAGGUGUUCAACAGUAUUAGCCCUUCACCCAAAAAGAGUGCUCCGGAGGAAACCAGAACCCCCGAGGGCGCUCCGGCGGCACGCAUUAGUGAUUCUGAUUCUUAUGGGUCGUCAACGACAACUUCCGGUGAAAGAUUGCGAUCUUUGAGUGAACCUAUCGAUCCGGCAACCGGGAAGAGGAGAACUUCUUUAGAAGAUUACAAGCCGCCGUCGGAUAGAGGGACCAGCACAAAACAGUCACGAUCUCGCAGUAGAAGGCAGAACGUCGCCAUCACAGCAGCACAGAUUAAAGAAGCCCACGCUAUCGGUCAAAAACUUGUGGAGAGGAAGCUUUCCAUUACCGAGAGUUCUCAACCUUCGACCUCCCCAUCGGCCUCUGACCUCAGCGACACAGCCAGGAAAGAACCAACUCGUGCCAUGCCAUCAGUGUCUUCAAAAGAUGUCACACCGGUCGAGGAGAUUCAACAGGUAACGGCCGCCAAGAAUGAGGAAAAGACCCCGUCGUCCAGGGAUUCCUCCAGGUCAAGAAUCCCCACCAAGGUGGAAGUCAUUCCAACGGAGCGGGACUCCAAAGUUUCCAGAAAAACAGAAACUAUUCAAGUCGAGAGCACUUCAGUGAAGAAACUCCCCUUGGACAGUAAUGAACAAGUUUCAACAAAAGCCGUGCCUGAGAACUUGUCGCAUGUCGAUUCUGGAAAGGUCAGUCCAAAGAAAAUUUCAAAGAGGCCUACUCCAAGAGUUACAUCUCCAACUAAGCUUGAGUCUCCAAGAGGUUUAUCGAAAGAGAAGAAAUUACAAGAAAAGAGGUCAUCAAACAGGUCACCAGAAAAGACAUCAAAGGCAAGUGUCUCAAAUAGCGAUUCUGACAAUUCUUCUCCGAGCAAGGUUCGUCUCAAACGCCCGGAAAUUCCUCAAGUUUUGAAUGAGUCUCGCAAAAGGCGCAACUCUAACGAGAGUAGCUCAUCUUUGAGCGAUGGCACCAUGUCGCCCACUCAUCGCAUUGCCAAGACGAAGAGUUCAGACAGUGACUCGAGGGCAUCUCCAACUUUGCAAAGACAUCCCCGAAAGGUCACUGAGUCACGAAUUCACGAACUUGCAAAACCAAAGAGAGUUGAGAUCAAGAAGGAUUCGGCUCGGAAUGGGGAUGUGAAAAAAACAGAGAGAAAGACCCCGACAUCACCUGAGAAAAAGAUCAAAAGUAUUACCUCUCAUUCUAGAACUGAGAAUGGAGGCAUUGGGGACAAGAGUAGAGGAAGGGACAGUCCAAAGCUAAAAGAACCCACUGUGAGUGUGAAAGCAAAAGUAACUCAAAAACCGCCCCAAACUAAGGACAAAGCAACCCCUCCAGUCAAAGCCAAAACGAAUGGAGUUACUUCUGCCAAACCUACUACAACAUCUAAGACAGAAACCCCUACUGCAAAACCUACCACUACAACGAAGACAGAAACCCCUACUACAAAACCUACCACUACAACGAAGACAGAGACCUCUACUGCCAAACCUACCACCACAGCAAAGACAGAAACCCCUACUGCCAAACCGACCACCACACCGAAGACAGAAACCCCUACUGCCAAACCGACCACCCCAACAAAGACUAAAGAAUCUAAGAUCGGAAGUAAGAUCGGAAGUAAGAUUGGAAGUAAAAUAGGUCAGGGGAAAACCACCAGCCGGCCGCCGUCGCCAGAGGUGAAAGACAUUGUCACUAAACCUCCGCCGUGCUCUCCUAAGAGUUCCAGGCCUAAAGAGCAGAUACCAGAGAAGAAUGAUGUGAAGAGGCUUUCCUUGGCAACGAAAGACAAGGAGCUGAUCGCCAUCAUGAGAGCUCGGGCCUUGAGCCUUCAAAGUGACGGCAGUGAAGAGGAAGAGAGAGUGGACGAGGAUGCGAACAAGAAACCAGAGGAUGUCCUUAAGGUACCCGUUGCCCAGAGACUUGUGACCUUUCAGACAGGUGACAAGCUGGACAGCAAACCUCCGAUGCCACCAACAUCGCCGAGCUCUCCUCGAUCUCCUAGGUCUCCCAGGAGGACAUCUCAGAUUCAAGCAGACUCGGGUUCUCCUCGACCUUCAACUCCUGUGGACAAAUCUAGCGAGGCUGAAGAGGAGAAUGAUGAGUUGGCUACUCUAUCUGUCUCAGAAAAGAAGCAUAUGUUCACCCGAAUCUCCAAGCUGAAAGAUGAGGAGGCAGCCAAGGCUAAACCUCGGAGACGGUUCCACCGUAUCCGCAACAGCGAGCGAUCUCAGACGCAACCAGUCACUCCGGAAGAAGUCAGCUCAGCGUCGUCACUAGCCAGCAUGAAAUCCAGUGAGAGUACAGUGACGGAAGUAAAGGAAGUCGAAGUUGAGGAGGACGACGUGUGCCGGCUAAGCCUCGCGGAGAAAAUGAAACUGUUCCAUGAGAAGGCUGAAAGGGUGAGGAAACCCCUGCCGAAGAUGGAAGUUCCGAAACGCAAGCGGAGAACAGACUCUCGGUUUAAGACCCAACCGAUAACGGUUGAGGAAGUGAAGGAGGCCAGUGAUUUCUCGCCUCUUGCUCGUAGCUUCUCCAGGCCACCAGAAGAGGUUGCCAAUCUGCCAAUCGCAGAACAGAUUGCACUUGUCUACGGCUCAACGGAGAAAUUAGAAAGAAAGGGCUCACUGCAAGAGGAGACACUAAUGCCUCGAAUUUCAGAAACUAGCUCUCCAGAGAAAAAAGGAAUCCUCAAGGAGUCGUCUUUUGAUAAAGUAGACUCUGGUCCCGAGGAGCCGCCUAAAAGUAUCCUUAAAUCUGACAGUGAAACAAGUCCUGAACAUCCGCCAAAGGGUCGUGGUAUUCUGAAAUCAGAGGAGGUGCAGAGUGAUCCAGAAGUGAGGAGCAUUCUCAAGGAGAGGUCUGAUUCUUUACUCGGUGACUCGGACGAGACCAAAGGCAUCCUGCGUCGAGAUUCCAGCCGUGAGAGGGACGACACCGACUCGGAACGCACCGAGAAAUCUAUCCUCAAGAAGGAGUCCCCAUCGGAGAAGCCUCCUCUGACUGGAAUCAUGAGGAAAUCCUCGGACACAUCUCCUGUCGCUUCACCACCUCCUGUGGCCUCACCACCUCCUGUUGCUUCACCAUCUUCUGACGCCUUAACACCACCCAAAGAACCUGAAACAGAACCAGAAGUUGUUAGACCAAAGGAGAGUCCGCGAAAAGCCACCCUAAGGAAAGAAGAUUCUCAGGAUGCUGAUGUGGACAGUGGAGCAGACGACCCUAUCAAGAAGAAGAGUGGUUUAGCCAUCGAGCAGCUUCGCCUCAGGAAGGGAAAGGGCAAUCUAAGAGCGGAGGGAUACUCCAGCUCGGAUUCAGAGGAGCCUGAGGGGCGGAUCCGGGCGAGAUCGACGCCAAACUCCCCCAUUGUUGAGAUCAGGACAGUAAAAAAGAAACAACUCCCAGAGUUGGACACUGCACAGAAAAGGUAAGAAAGAUCAUUGUUUUUUAUUGAGGCCGUUGAUUUGUUAAGAUUUUCCUGAUUGCAUGAUCUUCUCUUGUUGUCAAGUUUUUUUUUGAAAGAGGAGAAAUUGCUAUUGAUACCAGGUACUGAAUGAUGACCAACAUGCAAACUAACACGGUCAUCCAUCCACAUAAAGGCGUGCCGAUUUAGUUUGUGGCGUAUAAGACAAAGCAU